CAUGGGGCGGCGCUGAGCGGCGGCGGCGGGGGGCAGCCAUGCUGUCGAGGAAGGGGAUCAUCCCCGAGGAGUACGUGCUGACCCGGCUGGCGGAGGAUGUGCCGGAUCAUGCCCGGUAUCGAGCACGGGAGCGCAGGGCGCGUUUUGUGGGCAAGAACGGUGCCUGCAACGUGGCCCAUAAAAACAUCCGGGAGCAGGGACGCUUUCUCCAGGACGUCUUCACCACCCUGGUAGACCUCAAGUGGCAUCACACGCUGCUUAUCUUCACCAUGUCCUUCCUCUGCAGCUGGCUGCUCUUCGGCAUGGUGUGGUGGCUCAUCGCUUUCGCCCACGGAGACCUGGAUCACAGCACCCGGCUGCAGCGUGACCCCAGAGAAGGGAUAGAAGGGGCCCCGGCCAGCUUUGUUCCCUGCGUGACCAGCAUCCACUCCUUCACCUCUGCCUUCCUCUUCUCCAUCGAGGUGCAGGUGACGAUUGGCUUUGGGGGACGGAUGGUGACAGAAGAGUGUCCCGCCGCCAUCCUGGUGCUGAUAGUGCAGAACAUCGUGGGGCUGGUGAUCAAUGCCAUCAUGCUGGGCUGCAUCUUCAUGAAGACCUCACAAGCCCAUCGCCGAGCUGAGACCCUCAUCUUCAGCAAGCACGCGGUCAUCGCGCUGAGGGAGGGCAAGCUCUGCUUCAUGCUGCGGGUGGGGGACCUGCGGAAGAGCAUGAUCAUCAGUGCCACCAUCCGCAUGCAGGUGGUGAAGAAGACCACCAGCCUGGAGGGGGAGGUGGUGCCCCUCAACCAGAUAGACAUCCAGAUGGAGAACCCCGUGGGGGGCAACAGCAUCUUCCUCGUCUCCCCACUCAUUAUCUACCAUGUGAUAGACAAGAACAGUCCACUCUACGACAUCUCCCCUGUAAACCUUCACCACCAUGAGGACCUGGAGAUCAUCGUCAUCUUGGAAGGGGUGGUGGAGACAACCGGCAUCACCACUCAAGCCAGAACCUCCUACCUGGCAGAUGAAAUCCUCUGGGGUCAAAGGUUUGUGCCCAUUGUGGCAGAGGAAGAUGGGCGAUACUCUGUGGACUACUCUAAAUUUGGCAACACAGUCAAAGUGCCCACCCCUUCGUGCACUGCUAGGCAGCUGGAGGAGGACAAGAGCAUUAUGGAUACCAUGCCGUUUUCCCCUAAAGGCACAAUAAGGAAGAGGUCUGUCAAGCUAAAGCCUAAGUUUACCAUAAGUGAUGAGCCUUCCUGAUGCCUUUUGACUGGGAAACUGUUAGGGCUUUGUGUCUGAAAGAUCCCAUAAACUCAAAACACUGAGGUGGCCUCUUACUUUUUUUUAAAUUCAGGUUGGUAGCACAAGGUAUGUUCUGGUGUUAUUUAUUGUGGGAUAAAUCUAAAGCUAAUUCUAUUUUUUUAAGUGUGAGAGAUUUCAAACAGCGCUGGGAGUAGGGAAAACAUGGUCUGCAGCUUUAAAUUUCAGUUGAGACUGUUGUGUUUAAUUGCACAAUCAUUUUGCAUUGAUAUAUCUGCAGGUAACAACAUAUUUUCUCAGAAAAUAAAUGUAUAUUUAUCCUCAGUUUGCAGUACCGAGGAUCUUGCAGUGUCAUCAACUCAGUAGUUUUUAACUGUUUUUUUUCUAACUUGAGCAAUUAAUAUAGCAAAAUAAAAUAUGAAUAAUUAAUAAAGUAGGCUGGAUUUUAAUGA